AUGGGCGUUUCCGACUAUGAGAAGAAGGGCGUCGGCGAGUUGAAGGAGAAGAACGACUCCCUCGGCGAUGUGCAAGUCCUCGCCCAUCACGAGACGGGCGAUGAGGCGAUCGAAGAUCUCGCCGAACACGGCGACGUUACCAAGAAUGAGCUCAUCGACCUCGAGGAGCGUCUCCAGACCAUGCCUCUCGACCGCACCGUCCGCAUCAUUCGCCAGCUGUACAAGCUCAACAAGAACAAGGACAUUCAGAACUUUGACACCGAGACCCUGUACAAGAUGGAAGACUUCCUCAAGGACGACGUGCUCAAGAACCCCGAGCAGCACCCGGAGCUCGUGCACGAGAUGCGCCUCGAAGCCCUCCUGGCUACUGAGAACUCGCCAUACUCGAUUGUACGCGCCGUCGCCGACCCCACCGACGACAAGUCCAUGCCGGCACUUACGAUUAGGGUUUGGUUUAUCGGCCUCAUCUUCUCUGGAAUCGGCGCCUUUGUGGACCAGCUCUUUUCCAUCCGCCAGCCCGGUAUUGGCAUCGGCUCCGACACUGCCCAGCUUGUGGCUUAUCCCAUCGGCAAGUUUUUCGAGAGGGUCCUGCCCGACUGGGGAUUUACGCUUUUCGGCGUCCGGCACAGUCUUAACCCAGGCCCAUUCAACCUCAAGGAGCACAUGCUGAUUACCAUCAUGGCUAAUUCCUCUUUUGGUUCCUCGUACUCGGCGGAGAUCAUCUUCACUCAGGCCAUGCCGUUCUGGUUCGACCAGCAGUUUGCUCGAGGGUUUGGUUAUCAGAUUGUGAAUACCCUCGCCGUCAACGUUGCUGGAAUUGGACUUGCUGGUCUCAUUCGACGUUUCGUCGUGUUCCCCAGUUUUGCCAUCCACCCCGGCAUCCUUCCGACUCUCGCUUUGAACAAGGCGUUCCAUGCCGACGACACCUACUCCGUCCCAGGUCCCUUCGGGCGCAUUUACACCUGGAGCCGCAUGAAGCUUUUCACCAUCGCGUUUGCAGCCAUGUUUGUUUGGUUCUGGUUCCCCAAUUUUAUCUGGGGCAGCCUCAGUGCCUUCAACUGGAUGGCGUGGAUUGCUCCGCACAACGUCAACUACAACAUCUUUGUAAACAUCAACUACAAUGCCGGUCUCGGUCUCAACCCCUGGCCGACCUUUGACUGGAACCGUCUUGCAUACAGUCCUUCCUUUCCCCUUUUCACGGCAGUCAACGACUUCAUCGGUCUUGUGCUCGCGCUCAUCAUGACUGUGAUCUUCUACUUCCGAAACGCAUUUGAGACCAGCUACUUCCCGAUUGUCUCCAACCGCACCUUUGACAACAGGGGCAAGAAGUACAACAUCACCAAGAUUCUGGACGACAAGCGCCUGUUCGAUCCUGUCAAAUACCAGACAUACUCUGAGCCUUACAUGUCCGCCGGCAUGCUUGUCCAGUACUUCUUCUUUUUCGCCUGCUACAGCGCCGCCCUCACGUAUACUGCCGUCUUCCACCGCCGUGAGAUUGCCUAUAGCUUCCGCUCCGCAUACAAGGAGUUUAAGAAGAUCUUCGUCAAGUCGAUUGUCGAGGAUGACGACGCAGAUGACCUUGCCGAGGACAGCCACGCUCGAAUUAUGCGCAACUACAAGGAGGUUCCAGAAUGGUGGUACUUCAUUGUCCUGUGUGCCGGGCUCGCCUUGGGCAUGGCAGGUGUGGGAGCUUUCCCCACUGGCGUUACAAUGGCUGUCGUCAUCUUUGGAAUCAUUCUGGCCGCCAUCUUCCUCAUCCCUACGGGUUUGCUCUCUGCCGUUGCCUCCGUCGGUGUCAGUCUCAACGUCUUGGCAGAAUUCAUCGCCGGCGCCAUGGUCCCUGGCAAUGCUCUUUCCAUGAACUUCUUCAAGAUGUACGGCGUCAUGACGGCAUCUCAGGCCCUCGGCUUCGCCGGCGACCUGAAAUUGGCUCACUACACCCACAUCGACCAGCGGUACACUUUCAUUACGCAAAUUGUCGCAACCAUCGUCUCCAGCUUCGUCCAGGCCGGCAUCUACAACUUCAUGAUGAGCUUCAAGGAGGUCUGCACGCCAGAUGCAGCUUGGCACAUGACGUGUCCCGGACAAACCACGUUCUUCACUGCCGCGAUUUUCUGGGGAAGUCUCGGGCCCAAGAGAGUGUUCGGUCUCCAUGGCCGCUACAGGACUAUUCUGAUCGGUUUCGCCGCUGGCUUCCUCAUCGUCAUCUUCGCAUGGGGCCUGAAGAAGCUUUUCCCCCGCAGCAAGCUUGUCCGCAACUUCCACCCUGUUGCUGUUGUCGGUGGUGCGCGUGACCUUGCGCCAGGCAACGCGUCCUUGUACAUUCCUGCCCUUUACAUCGUGAUCCUUUCUUGGGGAUACGUCAAGAACCGUUACCUCGCCUUCUGGUCGCGGUACAACUAUAUCCUCAUCACGGCGUUCAACACCGCCAUCGCCAUUUCGGGUCUCAUCAUGUUCUUUGGCCUCGAAAUUCCUGAGCGGGGUGCCCUCGACUUCCGCUUCCCAAGAAGGGUUACAUCGGUCCCGAGAAGGAUCAUUCGCCAGCUCUACAAGCUCAACAAGAAUGACCAGAACUUUGACAGUGAUGCCGUGUUCAAGAUGGAGGACUUUCUCCACCCCGACGUGCUCCAGCACCCCGAGCUUCAUGCGGAGCUUGUCCAUGAAAUGAGGUUGGAGGCCCUGCUCGCCACUACCAACUCGCCCUUCGCCAUUGUCCGCGCCGUCGCCGACCCGACCGACGACCCGACGCUCCCUGCCCUCACCUUCCGCGUGUGGGUCAUUGGCAUCGUCUUCUCCGGUAUCGGCGCCUUCGUGAACCAACUGUUCAGCAUUCGCCAGCCCAGCGUUUCCAUCUCGGUGUCGACUGCACAGCUCGUUGCUUUCCCCGUGGGAAAGCUGUUCGAAAAGGCUCUCCCGGACUGGGGGUUCACGCUUUUCGGCAAGCGCUACAGCCUCAACCCAGGGCCGUUCAACCUCAAGGAGCACAUGCUUAUCACCAUUAUGGCCAACGCGUCGUUCGGCACGUCGUAUGCCUCUGAGAUUAUUCUGACCCAGGCCAUGCCAUUCUACUUUGACCAGCCUUUCGCCAGGCAGAUUGGGUACCAAAUUGUCAACACCCUCGGCGCCAACUUUGCUGGCCUCGGCAUGGCAGGUCUCACCCGCCGCUUCAUCGUCUUCCCCUCGUUCUGUAUCUGGCCCCAGACCCUGGGAACGCUUGCACUCAACAAGGCCUUCCACUCGGACGACUCAUACUCGGUUCCCGGGCCGUUCGGGCGAACCUACAACUGGAGCCGCCUCAAGACCUUCUUGGUGCUGUUCGUCGCCAUGUUUGUCUGGUUCUGGUUCCCGGACUUCAUCUUCCAAGCCCUGUCUCAGUUCAACUGGAUGGCAUGGAUCGCUCCCAACCACGCGGCUUACACGGCAAUCGUUUCCAUGGGCUUUAGCUCCGGUCUCGGCUUGAACCCAUGGCCGACCUUUGACUGGAACUGGAUCGGCUUGUACCCCGACACGCCACUCUUUGCCGCCUCCAAUCUCAUCUUUGGCAUGUUCCUCGGCUUUAUCAUGAUUGUUGGCAUCUACUUCUCGAACGCGUUCGACACAGCCUACUUCCCCAUCAAUUCCAACAGAGUGUUCGACAACCGCGGCAAGUCGUACAACGUCUCGAGGAUCCUCACCCCUGAGAAGGUCUUUGACCACGACAAGUACGAGCAGUACUCCCAGCCGUACAUGGCAGCGGGUAACCUCGUCAACUACUUCUGGUUCUUUGCCCUCUACUCGGCCACCCUCACAUACGCCAUCAUCUUCCACCGCCACGAGAUCGCGUAUAGCUUCCGCUCAGCGUAUCGCGGCAUCAAGGAGCAGCUGUUCAAGAAGAAGUCGGCGGAGGAGAAGGACGACACGCCGAACGACGACCUCGCUGAAGACAUUCACUAUCGCCUGUCAAAGCAGUACAAGGAGGUUCCAGAGUGGUGGUACUUUAUCAUCCUGCUCUUCGGCCUUGGUGUCGGUAUGGCGGGUGUCGGAGCUUGGCCGACCAAUGUGAACAUGGCAGUUGUCAUCUUUGGCAUCAUCCUCACGGCCAUCUUCAUCAUCCCCAUUGGCCUGAUCAACAGUAUCACGUCACUGGAGACGACGCUGAACGUUCUUGCCGAGUUCAUCGGUGGAGCCCUUGUCCCUGGAAACGCCCUGUCGAUGAACUUUUUCAAGAUGUACGGUGUCAUGACCGCGGACCAGGCGAUCGGUUUCGCAAAGGACCUCAAGCUCGCCCAUUACUCCCAUAUCAACCAGCGGCUCACUUUCAUCGCUCAGAUCGUGGCGACGCUGGUGGCCUCAUUUGUCGAGGCGGGUAUCUACAACUUUAUGAUGAGCUUCAAGGGCGUUUGCACGGCCGACGCCUCCUUCCAGAUGGUCUGCCCGGGUACGAACACUUUCUUCACUGCGGCGGUGUUCUGGGGCACCCUGGGUCCACCCCGUGUGUUCGGUCUCCACGGCCCGUACCGCACCAUCCUCAUCGGCUUUGCUGUCGGGUUCCUCAUCGUGCUCGCCGCGCUUGGCCUCAAGAAGCUUUUCCCUCGCAGCAGGCUGGUGCGCAACCUGCACCCCGUCGCCAUCUGCUACGGCGGCAUCCAGUGGGCGCCGUACAACUUUUCCAUGUACAUCCCCGGGUUCUACCUCGUCCUCAUCUCGUGGGGCUUCAUCAAGCGCCGAUACCUUGCCUUCUGGUCCCGUUACAACUAUAUCCUUGUCACGGCGUUCAACGCCGGCGUGGCCGUCUCCAUCAUCAUUAUCUUCUUCGCCGUUCAACUCCCCGGUGUCGAAAUUGACUGGUGGGGCAACGCCGCCGACACGGGCUGCCAGGCCGCCGGCUGUCGCUUGAAGCCCAUCCCGGAGCGGGGCUACAUCGGUCCUGAGAAGGGCCACUUCAACUAG